UUCAACAGAGACGCUUCACACAAAAACAGUGUGAAACAGACAAACAUGGCCAGCGAUCUGAGGAUUGUGCUUGUUGGAAAAACUGGAGCUGGGAAGAGUGCAACAGGAAACACCAUCUUAGGAAGAAAAGCUUUUGAAUCUAGUUGUUCUCCUCUCUCAGUGACACCACAGUGUCAGAAGGUCUCAUCUCAGUUUGAAGGUCAAACUCUGUCUGUAGUUGAUACUCCAGGUCUGUUUAACACCGCUCUACCUGAAGAGCAGGUGAUCAGUGAGAUUGCUAGAUGCAUCUCCUUUGCUGCUCCUGGUCCUCAUGUGUUCCUGGUUGUGAUCACUGCAUCCAGAUUCACCAAAGAAGAAGAAGAAGCAGUGAGACUCCUUCAGAAAAUAUUUGGAGAAGAAGCAACAGGUUACACUAUGGUCCUGUUCACCUUUGGAGACCACCUGGAGAUGGAUGAAAUCACCAUAGAAGAAUUAAUCAAUCAUUAUUCUGCUCUCAAGGACUUCAUCCGUCAGUGUGGUGGAGGAUAUCAUGUUUUUAACAACAGAGAAAAGGAGGAUCGCUCACAAGUCAGCAAGCUGCUGGAGAAGAUCAAGAGAAUGUUUUGGAGAAAAGGGGGAAGAUACUACACCAAUAAGAUGUUAGAAGAGGUUGUAAGAGCCACUGAGGCAACAAGAGAACGACUUCAGAGAGAAAACGAAAGUCUUACAGCUAAAGACGUGAGAGCUCUGACAGAGCAAUUAAAGGAGUAUAUUCAGGUUGUUAAAACACAUCAUGAAGCUAAUGCUCAUAGAGCUGCUGCUGAUAGAAAGUCCAGAGACUCUGAUACCAGAGAAGUAGCUGCUAAGUUUGGAACUACAGUGGGAAGUGCAAUGGGGGUUGCAGUGGGAGGUGCAGUGGUGGGUGCAGUGGGGGGUGCAUUGGGGGGUGCAUUGGGAGGUGCAGUGGUAGAUUUUGUAGGUAGUGACAUAGUUAAUGAUGCUAUUCAGAAAUAUAAAGUAUUGUUUGACUUUAUACUUCAGUUUAUACAAGCCAUAUUAGGAGUUUUUAUUUAAGGUUGUUAAAAAUUGUUUUUAGAUUGUUUUAGUAACAAACUGUUGUACAUUAACUGCAUAAAUUGGGAUCAUCUUCAUUUCAUGUAUUGUUUUUGGUUAUUAAUGAUGUGUUUAUUGGGAUUUUCUUGAAGUCUUCAUUAUGUUUAUAUAUGUGAUGUUUUAGUCAAUCAAAGUGUGAUAUUAAAGAACAGCAGA